AUAUUAAAUUAAAGUUUAAUUUUAUUUACAAAUGAUAAAGAAAAAACUAUUUGAAGUAAAGGGUACCAAAACAUUGUUUUGGCGGGAAUAUUUUAAUAUAAUUUUUCAAGCAAAGAAUUGGGACUACAUUGUAUUAUAAGUUUAAUCGAGUAGGCAAGCAGGUGCGGUAUCUAUUUCUUGCGUCAAAAAGUAAUUUGCAAGUAUAGUUUAUCAUAAAAUCAAUAUUAUAAUGAAGGGGUAGUAUCGAUACUUUUCCAGACCAAAAAGGUGUAUCGUCUAUAUAUUUUACUUAUCGCUAUAUGUAGAGAUUUUUACUUACAGAAUGUUUGGGGAAAAAGUUAUAGAACUAAUCAAGGAAGCUGAAAGAAAUCGUGAUACAAUUGACCAGUAUAAUGAUGAUAAAGUGCGUCAGAUUAUUGAGGAGAUGCAUGUGUUAUUCAAAAUGAACAUGGCAGAUGCAAAUGCAACAUCAGAGAACAAAUCUCUUUGGACAACUGUGCAAGUGAGACACUCUGCAUUGGAACGUAACAAGCGGUGUCUCCUCGCCUACCUCUACAACCGUAUGAAUAAAAUAAGAACAUUACGUUGGGAGUUCGGUUCUGUCCUUCCAUCAGAUGUAAGAGAGUUGCUCUCCGAUAGCGAGUAUACGUGGUUCUCCAAGUAUUCCACAAACCUCGCGGCGUAUAUGAGGUCGCUUGGCCAAGACAUCGGUUAUAGCGGGAUCGACCUCACAGAGAACCUCAGACCACCCAAGUCCUUGUACAUCGAAGUCCUGUGUCUGUCAGAUUACGGGAAGUUGGAACUGGAGUAUGGUGACGUUAUUCUUUUGAAGAAGAACAGCAGGCACUUCCUGCCGACUUCGGAAUGUCAGACUUUGAUACGUCAGGGCAUCUUGAAACAAAUUACUUAGUAUUCAUUAAGUGAGCGUAAGUUCUAUUAAGCAUCAAAAAUCAACCAACAUAGACGAAAAGGGGCUGAAUCCAAGGAUUAUUUCGUUUUCUAUUAGUUCAGUGCAUAGAUAAAGUGAUGUGGAAUGGUUAACAAAGUUACGUUUCGUUGAGUUCUCUUAUUAUUGAGUACAUUGUUGAACAAAAUGAUUUAAAAUCAAUAAAUGUGUGAAAAAAAACCCAGUGAUUAUGUUAUGUCCUAUUAAAGCAUACAAUAAGGUACAUCAUGUGGUAUGGAUUUCCCUUGAUGGGUACUAAUAUGUUUUUUACGAUAAAUAAAAAGGAUUUCUGUCACUAAUUGGUAUACCUACUAUAAAUAAAUUAAAAACUAACGCGAAUGAUUACGUAUA